UUAGCUGAGUUCACCCGUCCCCAUUUUAGUAGGUUGUCUCUUGUCCUGCCUACUCUGCUCUUAGCUCCUAGUUUAGGUCCACCCAGUCUCUUCUGGGUAGGUGAGUACCAAAAGGUAGGGACUCAAAGGGACUCUGAAGAGCUUCAUUAGGUUGUAGAGUGUCAGAAGCUGUCCAGCGAAUCUAGCCUGUGUUUGGCCGACUCCUUAGGGUCCAAUUUAGGAUCUGUACGACCAUGAAACUCUUUCUGGGUUUCAUAAUGAAGGAAAAUUGUUUUUGGACAAACUUAUUUCUUAUUUGCACCCUCGUUUUUAGGUUCCCAGACGAUGUCGUCCAUAUCAAUCAAAUCACCACCAUUGCCUUUGUACAUAAAAAUAUAAUAAACUGUUUAUUUUAGUCAGCGACAUUAGAAUACGAAGCAAUAAAAUGAAGUUGGAUCUGAGUAUCGAAUACUUGUACAUCUUACCCUGCGCCUGCGCCAACUACGACGCAGAAGUUUGACCUUGGAACAAAAGUCCAAAGUCACGUCCAUUGUGCAGUAGGGUAGCUGAAAUACGCCCCCAUUUUGGUCGUACUAUUUUAUUCUCCAGCUACUCGGGCGUAGUUUGACAGAUACUUAACAAUGUUUGAACCAUUGCUGAUAGGCCACAACAUCACGGCAGUGCUGGUUGGUGUUCUGACGUUUCUUAUAUUCAUCACAUGCAGAGUCCGUAAACCAGCGGGUUAUCCACCGGGUCCACCGGGAUGGCCCGUUCUCGGGAACCUCCCCAGUCUGGCCCAGAACGCCCACCUCCAGCUGACGGCCUGGCGUGGGACGUACGGGGACGUCUUCAGCGUGAAGAUGGGUCUACAGGACGCCGUGGUGGUCAGCGGGAAGGACGCUAUCAGGGAGGCCCUGGUCAGGAAGGCCGAGCACUUCUCCAGCAGGCCUGAACUGUUCCUGAUGCGCCGCAACAACCACCGUAAUGGGCUCGUCAUGCGCCCGUACGGUGAUCAGUGGAAGGUUCUCCGACGAUUCAGCACGUCAACACUUCGCUCCUGCGGCAUGGGUACAGGUAUCAUGGAGGACAAGAUCAUUCUCGAAUGUCAGCAUUUCUGCACUGCACUGAAAGAGAAGGCAGACCAACCCUUCGACCUGACACAUCUUCUCCACAACGCCGUGGCCAACAUCAUCUGCUCCAUGGCGAUAGGGAAGAGGUUUGAGUACGGAGACCCAACAUUCCUCCGUCUAAUGGAGAUGGUGGAGCGGGCCAUGGUCCUCUUCAUCACCGCUCACGUCAUCAACAUCUACCCGGUACUCCGCUUCUUCCCGGUGGUGGGGAGGCCGUACAAAGAAUGGAUGGAUCUGUCAGCUAGCGUCCAUAAAUGUAUUGAAGACAUUAUCCCUCAACAACAAAAGAGCCAGGACGUUUCCGAUGAGGCCAACACGAUCGUCGACGCGUUCGCCAAGAGCGUGGAACUCAAUUCGGACUCACUACCCGAUCAGAGUCUGAUAUAUCUACUCAUUGAUCUCUUGGGCGCAGGGACGGAUACGGCUGGCAACACCUUGCGCUGGGGUCUGCUGUACCUUGUAACGCAUCCCGACGUGCAGACGAAGGUUCAGGCCGAGCUGGAUGAAGUGGUGGGGCGGGACCGUCCUCCAGCCGUCAGCGACAAGCCCAACCUGCCCUACACGGAAGCCACCAUCAUGGAGAUGCAGCGCAUCCGCACGGUGGUGCCUCUGUCCGUGCCGCACUGCACGACCUCGGACACCGCCCUGCUCGGCUACGACAUCCCCGCGGGCACGGACGUGCUCAUCAACCUGUGGUCCCUUCACAUGGACCCCGGCUCCUGGGACAACCCCGACAAGUUCGACCCGAGCAGGUUCCUAGACGGUAACGGACAACUGCAGACAAACGAUUCAUUCAUGCCUUUCUCUACAGGUCGUAGAGUUUGUCUCGGUGAACAACUGGCGAAGAUGGAGUUGUUCCUGUUCCUCACCAACAUGCUACAGCAGUUCACCUUCACGCUGCCAGAGGGCGCUCGACCCAACUUUGACGGCGUCCUCGGAGUAACGCUUCGACCACAUCCGUACGAACUCCUGGCGGUCAAACGUGGCUGACUGUGACAACGUAGAUUACUGAGCUGUAAUUUUGAAGCAGUGGCUGCUUCAAUCUGUACACGUUCUGUAGUACAAGACUUUAAAUGAUCUGAGCAGCUGUGAUUAUCGUUGUAAAAUGCCUUAUGGCACAAUUUGACCUUGAUGUCGUGUCCCUCAUAGUUUGGGUCGCCUAUAAACCGAGUAUGAAUUUAGUUUGUGAAUUAGGGAUGCCAAUUACCAGUUGCUAUACCUUGUUUGAAGUCUAUCUUGUGCGUAAAUUUACCUGUCAGUGUGUGAUGGCACUAUGGAAUGUAAUGUGUCACAGUACAUCAAUAUCUGAAACUUCUCCAGCUAACCCAUGAAUGGCACAUUUCAAGCAGAUAUUUACAAUGGGAAAAGAGUAUUGACUUAAUCUAUGUUUAUGAAGUGUGCCAAACUCUGUACGUAAAACAUGCUUACACUACAUACAAUACUCUACAGUUCCAGUUUGAUAUUUGAAAAUUGUUUGUGUCAGCAUGUCGGUUUCAAAGCGUCAGCCUUUUCCUAUGUUUUUACUGCACACUGAACAUCCCUGUCCUUGGUACCAAAACACCCUCAUCAAACUUUAUUUCAUAUUUUCAUUCACAAAUACAAAAGUACUAGAAGGGAAAGCUGAUGUAGCUUCAAGGCCGCGUUAGGCUCCUGCACAUUAUAGUCCAUCAUACAUACUAAUAUUCAGAUUAUGCCCUGCUAUUUUAUAUGCCCUGCAAAUUUAUUGACGCGUGUUGUUAUUGUAAUGUUACACAAUGGUUGUUGUUUUAAUGUACUAGAGGGCAGCUUAUAAAGAUCGUUCGGACCCUCCCCUCUCCUCCGCUUUGAGAUAAACUCAAAUGAACAAGAAAAAAAUCCGAAAGCUCUAA